GCAGAAAGUAACCUAUUAAAAAGACUCUGGUGUCCCUGUAGCGCUGUAAUAAAUUAGCACAUUGAAACAGCUUAGGUGGUCAUUAAAAAAAUAAAAUAAAACAGGCCAAAACAUCCCUACCUUAGCUUAGUCCCAUUGCUUUAAGUCGACAUGCCUAUAUACACGACAGAACACAGGCCCUAAUCCGUCAAACGCAGGUAGCUGACAACCACACAGCUUUCUAUAAAAAGCCUCAGAGCUCCUGUUCGCUUUCCACUGUCGCAUUUCAUUUGGCAAUUUUCCAUUUCUUCUGAAGCUUAAAAUCCAAUCACUGCAGGGGAGUUAUGGGAAAGGGGAAAGAGGACUCUUUUCUUUAUUAAAAAAAAAAUGGAAACGAGAACACACAAACGUUUUUUCAGAAGCAUUGCUAUUUCAGCUAAAAGGAGUGAUUGGUACAUCGUUCUUACAAGCUCUCGAGACACAUGCAAGAAAGGGCUUGGGAUUAAAAGUCCCAGGAGAGUUUAAAUAAUAAGCUGUACGGCAGGAAAAAGGCAUUUCAAUAAUAGUUACACGAGCGCCGACACGCUCCUUUUAAAUAAUUUAAAAUUACCGUUGACACGCGGCUGUUUCCGAGCCUCUGUAACUAUACACAGAACAUUUACAAUAUUUAUAAAUAAAUUAUCACCAUUGUAAACACAUAAUAUUACGUACAAUAUACCAACUUCCCUCUGAGUAAAGAAGACAAAUAUUCCUGACUUUUCCUGAAGUCAGCAUCAGAAGAGAAAACCUGCGUGCCUGGCGAGACACAGAACAGAGUCUGGCACCCAUGUAUGUUGGACCACCAGGAAUUCAAAAAUAACAUCUUUUUGCACCUUUCCAGAACAGGAAAAAACCAAGGCAGGAAGCAAUUUCAAGGCAGGUGGACUCGGUUCAGCUCAGUUCAUAUAGGUCAGACUUCAGAACAAGGUGGGGUCAUAUAGUUUUCUUCUUUGAAGACCAACACCAGGGCUGGGGAACCUGUGGCCCUCCAGCAGUUGUUGGACUCCCAACUCCCAUCAGCCCUAGCCAAUAUGGCCAAUGGUCAGGGAUGAUGCUGGACACAGCCCAUCAACAUUUGGAGGGUCACAGAUUUUCCAGGCCUAAUCUAAGCAUCCUGGACGACAUCUCUGUCCAGAGGGUCUACAAAGGAUGGAUACCUCAGAUUUUCCCCUUAUUAGUACUUUCAAGACUCCUUGGGGAAAUGCUAUUUAAACAUGUAUAGGAAAUGUAGGGUUCAGAUUAUGGAAAAGGAGUGGAUGAGAUAACUCCAUCUCCAACCUGCUCCUUACUCUCUUGUUUGACACACCUCCAAAGCUGUCGCAACCCAUUCUCUCCACCUCUAAGUCUCAUGUUGUGCAAAGAAUCCCUGAAAGCAAGGCAAUUAAAUAUGUUUACAUCUGCCUGCAAGGUUUUUUUCUGGCUCUAAAUUUACUUAUUUGUUUUUUAGUACAGGAGUCUUACUGCUUUGGAAAUAAACUACAGAGAGCACUCAGCCCCACAAAACGGAGAAUUUGAUGGCUGUCCUGGUGACAUCCCAGAAUAUUACUCAGGAAUAAUUGAUUGGAGGGUUAAGACCCACUCAAGGAAAUAACCCACUGGUAGACCCCGAGAAAGCUGGUUUAAGGGAAAGCAACAUACCAGUUGAAAAUCCCAACUUUCUUUACAAUUCUCAACCCCUUAACUCUGGAGCAGUUCAUUGCCUAGGCAAAGAGGGAUUGGUUCAAGGAAGGUAGCUGUACAAAGCCAAGUCACCCCACUGUAUGCUAAUUGGCUCACAGAGUUGCAUAUUCCGUUUCUUGACAAAUAAUAUAAUUGAUAUGGAUAAUAAUUGUAAUAGGCUGUAUUCAACAUUCGUCAUACUCAAAGUAGACCCAAUGAAUAUGACUAACGAAGGUAAAAAAAAAUUAAUGCGUCUACUCUGUGCAGGACUAUUGUUGGCUACAAUACAAUGGGUUGUAUCCAACUGAAUCCUACUCACGAGUUGACCCAUUGAAAUAAAGGGGCCUAAGCUUAUCAUACUGGUUAAUUUUGAUGGGUCUACUUCAGGUAGGACUAAUGUUGGAUACAACUCAACAAUUCUAGAAGCAUUUAAUUCCAGAAACUAGUAACACUACAUUGGAAGCAACUGCUGCAUGAUUUUCAAUCAAGACCAGGCUGUCAUUGUGGAUUCCUUCUAAUAAUCUUCUCUUCCAAAUAUAGCUAAAGAGUUGCAUCAAAUGUUCCUUCUCAAAGUAAUGGUCCAUUGAAAAUAUUGGACAUGAGUAACUUGGCACAUUAUUUUCAAUGGGUCUAUCGUUGAGUAUAACUUAGUUGGAUACAAGUUGGAGAACACCCACUGAAAUUACUGAACCAGGUUAAUUAACUUCACUGAGUCUACUCUGAGUAGGAUUAAUGAUUUUCAAAGGUUUCUCCUUCUCUUGACAUAGAAAGGGAUCUGAGGGAUUUCUCUCCAGGGAUAGAAGUUAUACAAGCCAUCCACUUAUAAAAAAAAUGUUUAAAGGUCAGAACAUUUCCUGCUAGACUGGACAUCUACCUCUAAUACACCAUAGCCAAUGCAAAGGCUUGUCAAUGACAAAAGCAGCCCCUUCUGUUUAGAAACAGCAUUAUGGAGCACACUAGUAAUCUCUUCCACUGGUGCUGGGGACCAAGUUACCCUUCUGUUAUUAUUUCACUUUAAACUUGUCAGAAUCCUUGGCCAACAUCCACUUAUCCUUUCAAAGAAAGGAAACAAACCACAGCUCUGUGUCUAACAGUACCGUAGCUUAAAGAGCCUUUAAAAUCCUUCAUUUUUUUGUCCCACAGUACAUAAAAAUUGUUCCUUUUGCCAAUUCCUGCCUUUCAGGUACUAUUUUCCUAGAUCCCGGUUUGUUCCAUGCUCUUCCCCUAUAUCCUUCAUAUGCCACACUGGCAAGGGUGAUGCAAUAUGGCCUGACAUACUGUGGAAAAUCUUGGAAUAAUUUAAAAGUUCCGGCCGGAGGAGGAAUGAUUUCAGUGCGACACACAUCCACCACCACCAAUUUCCUCCCGCCUGGUUGUGUUCCCUUCCCCUCUUAUUUGCACAGUUGCCAAGGUAUACUGUCUUUCCUCACAGUUUUCAAGGUAUACCAUCUUUCCUCUGGCAGCACUGUGAAGGAGGCACACUCCAGUCAUACGUGUAUGACAGUCGGAGUUUAAUCUCUUCUUUACAGAGCUUCCCUUCUUUGGCUAGAGUCUGAUGCUUCUCCAACAUGUCCUCAAUGCUCUGUUUAUGAGUCACAAUGUAUUUAUUGUUGCAGCCCCGCGAUUUAUACUCCGUGUCGAAACGAGAGUCGUGAACCCUCUUCACAUCCACCGGAGCAAGCCAGGCACCCAGGGAUACGUCUUCAGCUUGCCAUAUGUUGAGAUAGUCUUGCGUGAGGCGCAAGUAGUGCACCAGGUCAGCUGAAACCACGUAGCCCCCGCCCAGAGCAUAGGGCAGGUAGUAGUCACAAAGGAGCCAGGUGUUCUCUUUCCAUUUCCCGCCAGAUUUCACACGGGCGCGCCCAGAGAAGAAGCCCCAGUAGAGGCGGCGUGGCUCCUUGGCCCUCAGCUCCUCCACCAGCACAUCCAAGCGCACAAAUGUGUCGUCAUCAGCUUUGAGGACAAAGCGGAAGUCCAGGUGCUGGUCGAGCCACACAAACAUAGCCAGGACCUUGGCGGUCAGGUUCUCGUAGGAGUCUCGGAGGUCAGGAAGGAGGAGAAGAUCCUGAUGGUGGCUCUGUUCCAGCUCCAAGGUGUGGAGCUCCUCCCCGGUCAGGCCUCCGGUGCCCACCACAAAACGGAACCAGACAUCUCCGGUGGGGACCCGGCCGGCCACCGAGAGCCAUGUGCUGCGGAUGAUGCUACGCCGCUCUGUGUAUUUGGGGCCGCUGGCCACCAACACAGCCAGGAAGGCGCUCUCCUCGGGAGGAGGAGGUGGGGCGGCUGCUGGAGGGUGAGGCCCACUCACACCCCCGGUCCGGGCGGGAGACUGUUGCUGAGGCAGCCCCCAGCCGUGGGAGGGCUUGAGGCCUUCUGAGGUGCACUUGGCCAAGUAGAGGAGCACCACGCCAAAGAGAGACAGGCCGCCGAGUCCCAGAGCCGUCUUGUGGCGGCACAGCAGGCGGAGGAGCUUCAUGGCAGCAGGAAGAAACGUGGUGGCAGCUAAGGGGCGGGGCAAACACCACUUCCCCUGGGGCAGCUUCCUCAGCACUGCCCUCUUUCAGGAGGUGGUCCAAUGAAAGGGCUUCUCCCUUUUAAGGGGCGGCUCCAAAGACUUCUCAGGCAAAUAGCCCCCACAAUGACCCUAAUGGCUCCUCCCUCUUUGGUGGCGAUAGUCCUGGGUCCUCCCUCCCUCUGGGAUUGGUGGUCCCAAUGCUCUGGCUCCUCCCCUUUAGGGGCUGCAGUGACGUCUCCUCCAGCCUUCUAAGGGGCGGGAAGCGGCACUAGCUCCGCCCACACAUUCGCCUCGGGACAGCAAGGCCUCGAGGGUUGGGGAUCAGCCCCGCCCCUUUCUCCUCAGGCGCGAGGCCGCGGGGCGGGGGGAAUCCCCUCUCUCUCCUCUCAGAAUUUUUGGCGGGAACAGCCCUGCUGGCUACGGGUGGCGGGUUGGGACAAACGGCCGCCGCCACCUCGGAACGUUUCCGAACGCGCCGCUGGGUCCUCCCUCAGCUGCCUCAAGCGCGGGGUUCAUUGUCUUCUGUCAGAUUUUCAGUUCCUCUCCCGCACCACCCCCGCCCCGUUUCUCCUCUUCCCGCGCGCGUUCCCUAAAUAGAAAUAUGUGAAGGGAGCGCGCGCGAUGGUUUUCGGAGCGGUACUUAUCCUUUUCUGCAGCUCCGUCUUCUCCUGAGGCGGCGAGAAAAUGCGAAUGAAUAGAAAUGUAUGGGGGAGGGGGAGGAGGAGGGGGCCGAACAAAGUGGAGUCACGUGACUUUCCGUCUUCGAAUCGCUCUCUCACGCCAUGUCUUGUCAGGGCUGGGGAGGCGGAAGACGGCGGCGCCAUCUUUGAGGGCAUUUCAUGCCCUGCCCUCGAGCUAAUACAGUAGCGCGUAUUCGCCACCUUGUGUCCGGGCACUUGAGGCUGUGGCUGUUGCCAUCUUAGCUAAGGGCACCGCUGCGUCCUUAUCUGGCCGUGAGUAUCGGCCAUCUUGUGUUAGGGCAAUGGAAGCCGCGGCUUCUCGCCAUCUUGACUAAGGGCGUUUCCCUCAGGUGUGUUUUUUUCCCCCAGUGCGAGUUUUUAUCUGCCAUCUUGCCUUAGGGCAGCUGAAGCCGAAGCGGUUGCCGUCUUAAAAUUGGGAAAAAGGCCCUGUCAGCCUUUCGUCUUUGGUACACAGACACCUAUCCCACCUAAACAAGUUGCCAUUUAGUGAAAUUCAGUGAAAUCGCACAGGGAAUAAAAAUGCAGCAGCCCCCCACGAUCCAAAACAAAAAUGGCUACGUAAGACUCACGUGCCCGAAACAAGCAUGUCUUCCCUUAUUUUUUAUAAAGGUCCCCUUCAUUCUAUUGAAAUAUAGCUUCCUAACAAGGCGCCUGUUCUGCUGUUGCAGUAGUAUUUAACAAGAGGUAGAGCUGAAUAGGCGCUAUUUUAUUUCAGCUUUUAUUGCGGCGAGGCGAAAAGAGGCAGACCACCCGCUUCCCGCCCCGACUAAUUAGUCUUUAUACAACUGGAGAGGGAGGUCCUCGCGUUGAAUUCGGGCAGCCUCGGGAGGCCCGGAAGAGGCGGGCUCAACUCUCGUCGGAGCGGCGAAUGGCGUUUCCUGUUUCCGGCCAGCCUCCCUCCCUCCCUCCCUCUGGCAGGCGCGCGGCGUGUGUCUGUCUGUCUGUCUGUCUGUGAGUGGGAGGCGGAGAGGAAGCCCCAGAGCAGCGAGGCGGGGCUGGGCAUGAGGAGCCUCCGUGGCCUGCGGGGCAGGUAUGGAGCCGGCAUGGGAGCAGGGCAGAAGGUCACGGCAGCCUCUGAGCAUACGCAGAGCGCAGGAGGAGCGAAUUGGGGCGGGGAAGACAGAGAGGGAAUGAGGGGCUUUGCCGGCUCUUUUAAUGGAUACCCUUGAACGAACUUUCCGUUUUAUUUGUUUCGCCUGCCUGCUUUUAAAAAUUGAUUUAUUGUUGUUAUUAUUAUUAUUAUUUGGAUUGUCAGCUACGUUUCAAUUCAAGGGCGUUUGAAAACGAUCCCAGCGGGAUCGGUUAUUGUGCCUCCUUAAUUGCCGGUUUUAAUACCUGCUUUGGGAGUCAUUUUUUUUGGGUAUCUGUGUGCAAACAAAUUGCGGAGGAAUAAACAGCUGUAAAUAACGUCCGCGGGUGCCACGUAAUGCCCAUUUCGCGUUUAUAAGAGAAGUUGGUCGGUUUGCGUGGCAGCGCUUGCACUUUGGAACUCCCUGUCUAUGGAGAUCAAGGAGGCGCCGGGCUCCUUUGGAAAAGUUAUUGCUUAUGCAAGCCUACCCAGAUGCUUAGAAAGUUAAUGUGAAAUUUUAAAUUAUUAUUAUAAUUAUUAUUUGUUUAGUUGCUUUAUGUUGCCCAGGGAAACCCAAUGCAACAUACAACCAGACAAAUAACAACCUCCCCCAUUCCCAACAGAUGCAUUAUAACCAAGGGGGAUGAGGAAUACAUAAUAAUUUUAAUCUGUUUUAAAAUUUUAACUUUUGUAUGUUUUAAAGUAGGCUUGUGAAUUUUUCUCGGCUUUAUCUUUCUGUAAGCCACUUUGAGGUUAUUUUUUUUACAGUCAAGCAGUGUGUAAAUGUUAUGAAAUAAAUAUCCACUGUUAGUGCUGCUACUCAGGGUAGACCUAUUGAAGUCAGUGGACACUGGUAACUUAGCUUCAUUGAUCUUAGUGGGUCUGCUUUUGACUUGGGCCUAAGUUGAAUACAACCCAUAGGGAUAUUUUUAUUUUUAUUAUUUUAUUUUAAAAUUUGAUUCUUUGUGCAUGAGUAGACUUGUCUCUUCCCUGGUUUUACUGUUUGGUUGUUGGGGUAUUUUUAGGUUGUUUAUCAGAGCAUGUGCAGAAUUUAUAGCAUAGGCAAAAAAAAAAAAAGGCAUGUGAAGGGUAAAAAAAAUCCUUGUAUAAAAGCAACAACUGUUGCUGUUGGAACAUUUGGACAGAGCAUUUCUUUACUGAGCAGAACAGAAGUAUAGUUCCCUUUUCCUUUUAUAAGAAACAUAUUACAAAGUGACUUUCCUAUUUGGCAUGCAAAAAAUGUCAGGUGUAUUAGAAGUGUUUUAACUUGUGGGCAAUGAAAGACGCUUUGUCGGAAACAAGUGACCCAAAAAUCUGAAAGAAAAUGGCUAGCCAAACAGUGAGCUCUUAUUUGGACACAAUUCUAAGCCAUACCAUGGCUUGUUACCCAGCAGGAAUGAGGGAGAAGUGAGGCGCCCGCUACUUUAUCAGAAUGCAGUAAUAUGCUGUGCAUUCACAUUAAACUGUGGUUUACUAUGCUGUGGAAACCGGGUCACUGAGAUUGUCAGCCUGUGUCUUGACUGUAGCGCUUCAAACUGUUGGGGUGGGGGGGAGUCAGGAGAAAUAGUGCAUAAGACAAACUUCUCUAGUUUAGUAUUUUUCUUAAUGUGCUGGAGUCUGUAAAAGAAGUAAGUGAAGCCUUUUAAUAGACCCUGAAGCAGAUUACAUACUUUUAAUAGAGCUUGGGAUCUGGGACUGAACUUCCAUGAAUAGGGUAUUCUCCUCACAAAGCAGAAGAACCACAACAGUGGGGGGAAGUGGGGAUUAAAGCCUGCUCUGACUCCGUUAAUUAUUAGCACCUGCCUGAUGAAAUUUGCAUGCCUUUUAAAUGCACCUUGGAUGCAAAGGGUAUCCAAUGAGUCACUAAAGAACAUGUAGUUUGAACCUUGUCUCUUACGUAGACCAGUUGCACAAGUUUUGAGUCUAUUGGAAUCUGUUGAGGAUGAAACAUUAGAAGUUAAUAUGGCAAAUUCUUCUGAGGAGCAGUGAGCUAGUGACACCUCUGAAUAUCAUUCAGAUUUAUAUUUCCAAUCAAAAAAUAAGCAAAAGUGUGUGUGAAUUGUGCACGAAUAUUGUGUCAUGGUGUGGGUGGGUGGGAUGGCACACUGACUCAAAGUACACUGACUAAAAGUACCAGCUUUCCUACGUUUGGGGUUCUGACUUGCUCCAGAAGCAGGGUUUGAAAUUAGCAGGCUGCCAGGCACAUUUUGUGCCUAAAAAAAAUCUAUCUCCAUUUGCGAGCACCUCAAAAAGUCUGAGUGCAUUUUUUGCACCUGGGUGACACUGAAGGAUUACUGAAAUGUAUGUGCUUUGAAGCCUUAAGUAUACGUUAAGGAAUUUAACAAUAAAGAGUAGAGUGUUUUGAAAACUGAAAUAUGGUAUACCAAUAUUUUAUUGUAAACACCAAAUUAGACAUGUAUUAACAAUUUCUGCUAAAAAUGUGAUAUUAACAAUGUCACUUUUGUGAACAGCAUAUCCAUCCAUGCUUAUCGAAAUAAUAAAAAGUGUUGCCAAUGGCGACUAGACAUUCUGUUUUGGUGCCCACAAUUCAGGUCCCAGAAGUCAUUUGGCUCCUAGCUUUUCUAUCCCAGUAGUUUCUAACACUUUCCAGGAGAGCAUCUUAACUGCAAAGUGGUGUGAAAUAUUUGUGAUUCUUUUUGCAAACUGUGUUUACAGGAUUAGAGCUUUAGGCCUUACAGAGUUUGCCAUGGUGGGAUUAUUGGGAAAAAUUCUUUAUGCUUCUAACCAUCUAAUGUGUGCCCCCCCACCAAAGAAGCUUAAGUGAGAUGUGUCCUCAUUAAAUGAUAUAUUUUUCAGAGGGAAUGGUUGGAGUUCUAUUAAUAGGUUUUUGUUUUUUAAAAAGGUUUGUCAGAAGAAAUAUAUAAAAUAUUACCUACUACAAAAUAAAUUUUUUUGAGUUUUAUUUAUUUUUUGAGUUUUAUUUAUUUAUCUACUACAAAAUUAAGGGGCAGCAUUUCGUUCACCUGACCAUAGACCAGAAUGCGGAACUGAAUUAGUUACGUAUUUAUUGUAGUUAUAUCCCACUGUUUUUCUCCAAGGACCCCCCAGGUGGUGUACAUGGUUCUCCCCCUCCCUUCCUCAUUUAAUCCCCACAACAACCCAAUGAGGUAGCUUAGACUGAGAGGCAGUGACUGAUCCAGGCUGAAUAGGGAUUUGAACCCUAUCCUAGUCCAGCACUCUAACCACUAUGCCACACGGACUGUCUGGAGGGCCAGAUCUUUACCCCCCCCCCCCCCGCUCAAAAAAUGGGCCAGUUUUGACAGGUGGUUGGCGUCACCUACGUGCCCAUCAGCUGGUCAAUGCUGAGAGCAAGCUCCUUUGAAGGUGUGUUGCUGCCUGCAGCAGUCAGCUGAUUACCACCAACAGCACACUUCCACAGUCCCAUCUGCAGGUGUGGUGUUCUACUUCAAAAUGUGGUUACGGCUGCCAACCUGAGACAGCUUUAAUGGUGGUGUGGAGGAGGAAGACAACUUUGCAAGGUUGUCAAAGGUUACCUGUCGUACUGGAAAGCAGGGCACCUAGCUUCUGAAUUCCAGUGGCUUUGGGCCACAAAUGGAAGAGUGCUCUUGCACUUGUCUCCUGUUUGCAGACUUCCCAUCACCAUUGGCCUCUGUGGGAAGCUAGGAAGCUGCCUCAUGCUGAGUUUGAUCAUUGGGUGUUGCCAGCUCUGACUGGCAGUGGCCCUCCAGAGUUUCAUCCCAGAGUCUAUUGAAGACGCAGAGGGGUUCAACCAGGGAGCUUCUGCUUGCGAACCAGACGCUCUGCCACUUAGCUAUAGUCUUUUCAACAGGCAUCUGAUUGGUUGUUGGGCUAGGUGGACCGUUAGCCUGAUCCAGCAGGGUUCCUGAAUUCUUAGCAGGACGUUCGGUAUGAUCCAGCAGGACUGAUCUUCUGUUCUUAAUAAUUAGAUGCUAUGAAAAUAUUGCCCAAGGUUAAGGCAGUGGUUCACGUUUAGCACUAACUAUCCAGAGCGAAAUGUUGAGUCUAAUGGGGAAUUACUAGCUCAGCCUCUGAGCUCCUAAAAACUGCCUGGAAACAACGGAUCAUGUUCACCUGUCUGUUUUCCUCCCAGGGUAUUCCAUCGCCAUACCAGUAUUAUAAGCUGCUGACGCUCAAGGGGAGGAGCGAUGGUUUCGAAACGGGCCUUCAUCUGCAGCCUGGGCUCCAUCUACCUGUCCCUCCUCUUUGUUUUCCUCCUCAUGGACGUCUAUGCGCGGCCUGCCAACAACUCUGCCUUGAAAGAGAAGGCGGCGGCCGAGAACAACGAUGAGAAUGAGAUCCUGCCCCCGGACCACUUGAAUGGGGUCAAGAUGGAGAUGGACGGGCAUCUCAACAAGGAGUUCCACCAGGAGGUCUUCCUUGGGAAGGAGAUGGAGGAGUUCGACGAAGAUUCAGAACCACGCAGGAACAGGAGGAAGCUCAUGGUUAUUUUCUCAAAGUGAGUGUUGCUCCAAAUUGAAUUGAGGCAGAUGCACAGAGGAACUUGGGUCCAUCUAGCAUAGACGUCAUCAGCUCAGUGCAUUCCAGAUGUUUUGCAGCACUACGAAAUGUUGGCUGGUAGGGCUGUUGUAGCUUCUGCAGUGCAGGAGGUUUGAGAAAGCUAGUCUAACUCACUGCCUGCACCAGCUGGCAGCAGCUCUCUGAGGUCUCAGGUGGAGGUCUUACCUGGCUGUACCUGGAGAUGCCAGGCCUUGGACCUGGUGUCCAAUAGGGGGUUAAACCAUUUCCCUGAUGUGAUUCUUUCCACUGCAGGGAUCCUAGAAGCUUCAGGGUGCAAUUUAGAUUGGGCGAGUGGUGUAUGUUAACAUCCACCAAUGUCACCUUUUAAUUUGGAGCUGCUGUAGUUGCGUCAGGUAACUGAAAAAGCGGGCAGUUCAAUCACCACUGUUUACAUGUACACCGCCUUUCCAUAGCAAACCAUGCCCCAAGGCAGGUUACAACACCAGAGGAUUUACAAAAUUACAAAAACGUAGCAAAGCCUAAGAAAUCAUGAACAAUGAAUGAAAGCAUCUUAAUAAGUAUACAGCAAAGUUAAACAAUCUCCACGUAAUUUAUAAUAAGGUCCAGCAAUAAAGAUUCAAAAACUCUAUACCAAAUAACAGCAAACAUUAAGCAUCCCCAAAAUUAAAUCUUCACCCCAGCAAAAACUGCCAACCAAUAGCCCAUCCUCAUAGUCUUCAGGUCUUGCAGAAUUCACAGCCCUACAAUAGUCUUUGCCCUCAGCCAGUGUCUCUGAAUGAGGGAAUCAGCUGUGAGUGUGCAGAUGUCACUCUGUCCAGCCACCUUUGCUUGAGAAUAAUUUAUCACGUGUGUCUGACGCUGUUGGGUCAGUAACCACUUCCCAGACAUCCUGUCUGCAAAUUAAAAGGUUUAUUGUUAAGUGCAUCGCAGAUAAGCAGCCAGCAAUAAUGAAAUCAAAAGCUGAUUAGAGCUCUUGCCGGCCGAUUAGUGACUGUAUGUCAUUCUGGAGCCCCCUAUCCCUCCUCCCUUCUCAUCGCAGAAAGGGCAGGUCACAAGCAGUUUGGCUGCCUUUGCCUUGACCUUGCAAAUGAUCUUGUGCAAAGGGCAAGCACUUUUUAUUCUCCGGUGUCCCCUUGGGAGCAGAGAGAGGAAAUUUGACCAGGCAGAUCUCAGGAAGCAAAUGAUUUUUUUAAAGAGAGAGAGAGAGAGAGGAAGAGGUAAAUCUCAACAAUUGGGGUGAAGAGUGGCAGGGAUCUUUCCUGAGUGAACAAAGUAUAUAAAACAUAAAAUUUCCAACACAAUGCAUGAUUAUUAUUAUUUUUAAAAACCUCAGUAUAAAUGGUUACUGAUGUUUGCUUUCUGAUUUCUUUUGAUUCAUGCACUGGUCAGUAAUUUAUGUGGGUCUGCUCUGCACAGUAGUAGAAUUGAACCCUUUGGUUUUAAAAAUAUUUGAGAAUAUAUAUAUAUAUAUAUAUAUAUAUAUAUAUAUAUAUAGUCAAAACAUUUUAAAAAUCCAUUCUCAAGGUUUUCAGGAGGAAGCCUUUUCCAUCUCUACAUGGAAAUCCCAGAGAUUUAAUCUGGCACCAGUGAUCUUAGAUGUUCCCCACAUGUGCUCCAGUCUUUGAUCUCCAAGGGUGACUAGAUCCAAAUGCCACACAGGUUUUCUUUGUGGCCAAGUAGAGGCUUGAACCGCAGUUAUUCUGGCAUCAGAACUAAUUGCCUUUCUUCCAUUCCGCAUAGAUUAAUUGACUGCAUUUCUUUCCCACCUUUUUUCACCCAAGGGGUGUACAUGGUUUCUCUCCCCGGCUCCCAUUUUAUCCUCACAGCAGCCUUGUGAGGUAGGUUAGUCUGAGAGACUGUGACUGGCCCAAGGUCACCCAGCGACUUUCAUGGCUAGACAGAGAUUCACACACACACACACACACACACACACACACACGGUCUCCCAGGUCCUAGUCCAACAUGCCCUUCACCUCUGGAGCCCUAACUUGACUCCUUUCCUAUCUCUGGGAGCCAGUGUGGUGUAGUGGUUAAGAGUGGUAGACUCAUAAUCUGGUGAACCGGGUUCGCGUCUCCACUCCUCCACAUGCAGCUGCUGGGUGACCUUGGGCUAGUCACGCUUCUCUGAAGUCUCUCAGCCCCACGCACCUCACAGAGUGUUUGUUGUGGGGGAGGAAGGGAAAAGGAGAAUGUUAGCCGCUUUGAGACUCCUUCGGGUAGUGAUAAAGUGGGAUAUUAAAUCCAAACUCCUCUUCUUCUUCUUCCCUGCCACAGAGUCGACAUCAACAAGGACAAAAAGAUCAGUGCAAAGGAGAUGCAGCGCUGGAUCAUGGAGAAAACAGAAGAGCACUUCCAGGAGGCCGUGGAAGAGAACAAAAUGCACUUCCGGGCCGUGGACCCUGAUGGUGAUGGUAGGAGACGGAUAGAUGGGGCAGCUUCGGUCACAAAAGGAGUUGUCAUGGCAUGUGUCAGCGCAGCACAGGCAACCUGGUGCCCUCCAGGUUUGUGGGGUUCCAGCUCUCACCAGCCCCAGCUAUCAUGCCCAAUGGGCAAGGGUGAUGGGAGUUGCUGUCCAAUGCACCUGGAGAGCAACAGGUUGCCAACCCUUAGUUUACCAGCUGCCAGGCAGCUGCAUGGUGUGCAUGUAGCGCAAGAAGCAUCCAUGCAGCCCACCAGCCAUACAGUUGUCUGUCAGGGGCUUCCUGGGCCAGGUAGGGAAUCUUUUCCUGCUGGGGAAACAACCUGUUGAUGAGCUGGGAAUGACCAGCGCCAAAAGUGGGUUUGCCACCUCCUCCUCUCUGGCUUAGUGUCCUGCACAGACGAGGCUGGAGAGACGUGGGGACGUCUCUCUCUUACACGUGCCGAGAUUUGCCAAGGCACAGUUCAGAAAACCCUUUUUUCUUUCUUGACCUUACUCCGAACUGCAGUGCAGGCGAGAGCCUGGGGUAAGGGCUGGUGGAGAGUCAAGGCCAUUUGCUCCUAGUAGACCAGCGAGUGGAGUGGAUUUUGUGGGCACCUUUGGGGGCCAAAAUACCCAGCUGUUGGGUCACCUUAGGCCUGGUGGGUCACAUUGAUGCAGGCACACUCUAGUUUCUGUUAAGGGGAGGGACCAAAGUGUUGGUGUUGACCUUUAAAGCCCGAAACGGCCUUGGCCCAGUAUAUCUGAAGGAGCGUCUCCACCCCCAUUGUUCAGCCCGGACACUGAGGUCCAGCGCCGAGGGCCUUCUGGUAGUUCCCUCACUGCAAGAAGCUAAGCUACAGGGAACCAGGCAGAGGGCCUUCUCAGUAGUGGCACCCGCCCUGUGGAACACCGUCCCAUUAAAUGUCAAAGAAAUAAACAACUACCUGACAUUUAGAAGACAUCCGAAGGGAAGUUUUUAAUGUGUGACAUUUUAAUGUAUUUUUAAUCUUUGUUAGAAGCCGCCCAGAGUGGCUGGGGAAACCCAGACAGAUGGGCGGUGUACAAAUAAUAAAUUACUAUUACUAUUACCAUAGCUUAGUGGCAGGGGACCUGCUUUGAAUGCAGGAUGUGGCAUCACCAGUUCAAAUAAAGAGGUGGCAGGAGAGGUCCUUUCCCAGUGUCCUGCAAGUAGGACUGAACACAAGAGCCCUCUCCCCUCCUGCUGCUUCCAGCAACUGGUAUUCAGAAGCAUGACUGCCUUUGACUAUGAAAGUAGAACACAGCCAUCAGGGUUAGUAGCCAGUGACAGCCUUAUGCUCCAUGAAUUUGUCCUCUUUCAAAGCCUUCCACAUUGAUGGCCAUCAGUACCUCUUCUGGGAGCAAGUUCUGUAGUUGAAUGGUGUUCUAUGUGACAUCUUUUCUUUUGUUUGCCCUGAAUCUUCCAACGUUUAGCUUCAGUAGAUGUCCCCAAGUUCUAGUGUUUGAAUAGUGGGGAAAUCCUAUAUCCACUUCCCAUGCAUUAAAAAAAACAUUCUUUGUCUGCUAGGAUAUUCUUCAUUUUAAUUGGUUCCUUUUCCCCCCUAGGUCACGUGUCCUGGGAUGAGUACAAAAUCAAGUUCUUGGCAAGCAAGGGGAUGAAUGAGAAGGAGGUGGCUGAAAAAAUCAAAAACAAUGAGGAGCUCAAAAUAGACGAGGAAAGUAAGUAGUGCUGGUCUCUCUCUCUGCCCACCUCCCCCAAAGACCACAUGAAAACUGUCGUGUUCUGCCUUCAGUUCCUGGAAUGGGUUGAAACGCUAGCUUGGGCACUGGAGUUUCAAAGUAGACAAGAUCUCUGCAGGUUUUACUUGUUAAUAGCUAGGCUGCUCGUUUUAGAGCAGCUGCACCUAAAAUAAAAAUCGAGUAAACUGAUCCUGCUCUUCCUUCACAAAGCUCAGAAGAGGGUACAUCGUCAUCUUGCCCCCCCCCAAAAAAAACACCUUAUGCUUGCAACAAUCCUGCGACUGUGAGAUGAUAGUUCAGUGAAGGUUUUCCCAAAAUAUAGUCAAGGAAGCUUCCUGCGACUUGUGGUGUCUGAAUUGGGGAGGGACCACAGCUCGGUGAUAGAGCAUCAGCUUUGCCUGCAGAAAGUCGCAAGGUUCAAUCCUUCACAUCUCCAGGUGGGGUUGGGAAUGUCCCCUGCCUGGAAUUCCAGAGAGCCACUGCCAGUCAGUAUUAAUAUGGAACAGUAGCAUAAGAUGCCGUCUAUACUAUACAUUUGAAGCUGUAUCAUGCCGCUUUCAGCAGCCAUGGCUUCCCCCAAAGAAUCCUGGGAACUGUAGUUUAAGGGUGCUGAGAGUUGUUAGGAGAUCCCCUAUUCCCCUUUCAGAGCUUCAAUUCCUGGGCAGAAAUAUUGAUCGUUAAGCCACUCUGGAAAUUGUGGCUCUGUGAGGGUCUUCUAAAGAACUCUCAGCAACCCUAACAGACUACAGUUCCCAGGAUUCUUUGGGGGAAGCUAGCACAGGGGAAGGAAAGGAGCUCCGCACUUAACUGUUCUCAGCGGUGUUCAUCCACCCCAUGGGCUUCUGAGAGUUCAGCAAGCAUUGCCCCCCGCACACACACACUUUGCAACUGUAAGAGCUAAGGUUUUCUUUUUAGAAAAGAUUCUCUGGAAGCUGAAUUAUCUGCCCAGUAUCUCAUUUGCCUGCAGAGGAGGAAAGGGGUUGAGAAUGGGCUAACGCCACUCACUCACUCCACUGGCAGGAAGGAGACUCUUUCAGAGGGGCUACCCAAGUGGGCUGCACAAGAACUCUCUGCCAAGCUCAAAGGAAGAAAAGGAAGGAACCGGGGGGGGGGUUCUCCUCUUUUGCCUUCGGAUGAGGCAGCGGGAAGCCAGAUCGCUCGAGCAGAAUGGCUUGGGUUCUCCCUGCAGAUGGCUGCAUUUCCUUCUGCAAGAGCGAGGACUCUGAGCACCCAAACAGCAGGGUUUGGGGAUUUCAUUCUGUGCUACUGCAGGAUUACAGCACACACAGAGCAGUUGUAUCUUUGUAGCAGAGGACACACUUUUCAUACAAAGGUUGCCCGGUUCAGUCCCCUGGUAGGGCUGGGAGACACCUUCCCUGUCUGAAACCCCAGAGAGCCCCUAUCAGAUAAUGUAUUCUGAGCUAAAUGAACCAGCGCUGUAGUCUGGCUUGGGUUCAAACCAUUGUCAGGUUACAACAAUCCAGAAGUGUGUGAUAAAGCAUUUUCUGGUAAUCGGUCUGUGUCCUUUUGACACAGUCCGAUAGACACGGUCUGUGCCUAUCAUGUCCCAGCCUCCUUUCGUUCCCUUUUCCCAAACCAAAACGUCCCAGAUGUUUUAACCCUGCUGCUUUUUCUUUUAAUUUGAUUGUUUUAAUUGCCCACUUUUUUUAAGCACCUUUACUCUUUCCGUGAUACCCUUUCCGUGAUACUAAGAUGGAACAGUCAGAACUGUACUCUGUAUAAAGCCAUAGAACUCUGAAUGCACCCUGCCCUUAGCAGCUGUUUCAGGAUUUCUAACAUUUUUAUUACGGAUAGCAUCCCUAUGUCCACUGGCAUUUCUACCAGGGCUCUGAAACUUAUUCAUUCAUUAUUUUAUUCAUUAGAUUUAUUCUACUGCACUUCCCCAUAAGAUCUCAGGGCGCUUCACUGAACACAUUGACCACGUGAACUGCUAAACUAGAGACAUGUCCUUUCACAAAGUUCACUUCCAGCAGCAUUAUUGACCAAAGCAGUAUUUCUUUGGAGUAACGUAUUUCUAGAACUGGAACAGGCACGGUCAAAUUUGAAAACACGCACACGCGUACGCAAAUAUAUUGUGCCAUCCAAUCUCAAGCGAGGCUGUCGGCGUUUGUUGCAUGCAAGCCUUUAAUCUCAUCCGCAUGCAUUACGCACACGCUGCCUUAAUCAACUGUGUCUUGAGCAGUGCGCCAUAUGGAGCUGGGAAGCCCAUCUGCUGCCACUCCAGCCUGAAAGGAAGCUGGCUGCCUCAUCUCCAGACUCUUCCCUCUUCCAUAUUGCUCCCCUUAGGGGUUUGCCGUUGCUCAUUUUGCCAGAGCCGCUCGGAUACAAGAAGCUUGCUGGAGGCGUAAGACACUCCUUAAAAGACGGAGCCUAAUGUCAGUCUUGCCUAGAGCUGAUCUGCGCCACAGAUUUGCAGCACAUGAGCUCCCCCAAAGAAUCCUGGGAAGUGUAGGUAAAUUCACAGUGGGGCUGUGAAUUGCAGCUCUCUUGGGUGGGAAGCUUCAGUUCCCCAGGUUUCUUAGGGUGGAGUCAUGUGCUUUAAAUGGUGUGGAUCUGUCCUUCGAUGCAUAGGCCCCCUUCAAACAUUACCAGGGAGUGUGGCUUCCAGGCCUCCUCACCCAGCCCAAAGGCAUCUUUGAGGAGAUCUGGAGCUCUUGGGCAUGCUGCGUAGCUUUCUGCUGUUAUCUCGUCCCCACUUCUGGAGAGGAGAAAGGAGAAGAACACCUUUAUUUAUAAGUUAUAAUGCAUAUGAACCCUCUUUAAUCAAACCCAGGCCUGCAAAGAAGUUAGCCAUCGUAGUAAAGUAGUUAUCUCCCGCUUGGGCUACUACAAUGCGCUCUACGUGGGGCUACCUUUGAAGGUGACCCGGAAACUGCAAUUAAUACAGAAUGUGGCAGCUAGACUGGUGACGGGGAGUGGCCGCCGGGACCACAUAACACUGGUCCUGAGAGAUCUGCAUUGGCUCCCAGUACGUUUCCGAGCACAAUUCAAAGUGUUGGUGCUGACCUUUAAAGCCUUAAAUGGCCUUGGUCCUGUAUACCUGAAGGAGCAUCUCCGCCCCCAUCAUUCAGCCCGGACACUGAGAUCCAGCGCCGAGGGCCUUCUGGCGGUUCCCUCAUUGCGAGAAGUGAGGUUACAGGGAACCAGACAGUGGGCCUUCUCGGUAGUGGCGCCCACCCUGUGGAACACCCUCCCUUCAGAUGUGAAGGAAAUAAGCAGCUAUCCUAUCUUUAAAAGACAUCUGAAGGCAGCCCUGUUUAGGGAAGUUUUUAAUAUUUAAUGCUGUAUUGUUUUUAACACUCGAUUGGGAGUCGCCCAGCGUGGCUGGGGAAGCUCAGCCACAUGGGCGGGGUAUAAAUAAUAAAUUAUUAUUAUUAUUAUUAUUAUUAUUAUUAUUAUUAUUAUUUAUUAAUUAAAGCAAUCCACUGCACUAAUAAAAAAGGAAAUAAAAGGCCCCGUCUGCACCAUUCACAGCCAUGGCUUCCCCCAAGGAAUUAUGGGAAGUGUGGUUAAUUAAGGGUAUUGAGAGUUAGGAAAUCCCUGUCCCCUUCACAAGCCUACAGUUCCCAGUGUUUCCUGCUAAAAGUGGUUGGCUGUUAAAUCAUUCAGGGGAUUGCAGCUCUGGGAGGAGAACAGGGGUCUCUUAACAACUCUCUGCUGUGGUGGUCAGGUGCUGUUGCGGACCUCUCUCUGGGGCUUCUGGUUGGACACUUUGAGAGAAAUAUGCUGGACAAUACUGGCCAUUGGCCUGACCCAGCGGGCACUUAUUUUGCUCUUAGGUCAGGGAUGAAUCCUGGCACCUUUUGCAUGCAAAGGAGGUGUCCUGCCACUAAGGUAAUGGCUACUUCCAGUAUUAUAGGGCAUAUAUCAGGGUUGGGGAAAUUCCAGUCUGCAGGCUACAUUGGGUCAGUCUUGAUCUUGUUGAUGUUUUUUUUAACCAUGCUAUUUCGCAAGAAGAAAAACUUUGCAAUACGUGUUCAAAAUUUGCCGAUCAAAUUUAAAGAGAAUGUGAUUUUUAAAACGGAAAGAAAGAAAUCUGUUUGUCUGUCCCUGAUCUGUAGCACAGGAAGUCCUUGACAACUUGAAAGACCGCUGGUACCAAGCCGACAAUCCGCCCACGGACCUUUUGCUGAAUGAGGAAGAAUUCCUGUCCUUCCUUCACCCAGAGCACAGCAGGGGAAUGUUGAAGUUUAUGGUGAAGGAAAUCGUCCGGGACCUGGGUACGUUUCCAAGCCGUCACGGGCAGAAUCUCAUGAAAACUUGACCUCAUCCCAGCUACUAAUGUUGCUGGAAUACCUCCUGGAGAGAUGUCCGAUGGGGACGAGAUCCCGGAGGAUGCCGAAUGGUUACCCCCGUUGGCUGCUGGUAGUGGGCAGAGGGAGACUUGGGACACAGAGACAGGAGUGUGGGUUGUGUCCUGUGAAAGGUAGCAUCGGGCACAGUGUUGCGGAAGGGCCAUAGCUCACUGGAAGAGCAUCUGCCUUCCAUGCAGGAUGUCCGGGUUCAGUCUGCGACAUCUCCCACUAGGGCUGGGAAUUAAAAGCCCGGAGAGCCAUGCUGCCAGUCUGUGUAAACAGUAAUCAACUAGGUGGGCCAAUAGUCUUUCUUAAUUCCAAGGCAGUUGGCUAUGUUCCCAGGAAGGGAAUAAUAAUGAUAAUGAUAAUAAUAAUAAUAAUAAUAAUAAUAAUAAUUUAUACCCCACCCUCCCCAGCCAAGACCGGGCUCAGGGCGGCUAACAACCAAUAAUAAAAACAAGUUGAUUAAAAUACAAUUUAAAAAACAAGAUUAAAAUACAACAUUAAAACAUUAGGAUGCAGCCUCAUCACAGGAGGAGAAAGGAAAAAGAAAGAAGGGGAGGGAAUAAAACUGAUUCUAAGCCAAAGGCCAGGUGGAGCAACUCUGUCUUACAGGCCCUGCGGAAAGAAAUCAGAUCCCGCAGGGCCCUGGUCUCAUGAGACAGAGCAUUCCACCAGGCCGGAGCCAGUGUUGAGAAGGCCCUGGCUCUGGUUGAGGCUAAUCUGACUUCCUUAGGGCCUGGCACCACUAGGGUGUUGCUAUUUACGGACCUUAAGGUCAUCCGUGGGGCAUACCAGGAGAGGCAGUCCCGUAGGUACGAGGGUCCUAGGCCGUGAAGGGCUUUAAAGGUCAAAAGCAGCACCUUAAAUCUGACCCUGUACUCCACCGGGAGCCAGUGCAGCUUGAAAAGCACUGGGUGAAUAUGCUCCCAUGGCAGAGACCCUGUGAGGAGCCUCGCUGCAGCAUUCUGCACCUGCUGGAGUUUCUGGGACAGCUUCAAGGGCAGCCCCCGCAAGUGAAGGGAGUUGGUUCCUCAUCCCCAUACCAUCCCAACCCAGCCAGAGGACCUCUGUCUUCUAAGGUUUUAGUUUCAGUCGGCUCCCAUGAAACCAUCCAGAGCCCAUAGUUCAGGGGCAGAGCAUCUUCUUCUCAUGUAGUCAUUCCCCUGCAGCUCAGUUGGUUAGAGCAUGGUGCUGAUAAUGCCAAGGUUGCAGGUUCGAUCUCCGUAUGGGAUGGCUGCAUAUUCCUGCAUUGCAGAGGGGUGAACUAGGUCCCUUCCAACUCUACAAUUCUGUGAUCUCCAGAAAUGUCUCUUACCUGAACUCCUGGAGGGCAGCUGCCAGUCGCUGCAAGCCAGAGCUGAGGAACCUUUGGCUCUCCAGAUGUUCCUGAACUCCCAUUGGCCCCAGCCAUUGGCCAGGGUUGAUGGAAGUUGUUCAGCAGCAUGUGGAGGGCCACAGGUUCCCCAUCCAUGCCGUAGGCAGUACAGUGGUACCUCCGGUUAAGUACUUAAUUCGUUCCAGAGGUCCGUUCUUAACCUGAAGCACCACUUUAGCUAAUGGGGUCUUCUGCCGCCGCCGCACCGCCGGAGCACGAUUUCUGUUCUCAUCCUGAAGCAAAGUUCUUAACCUGAGGUACUAUUUCUGGGUUAGCAGAGUCUGUAACCUGAAGCGUAUGUAACCUGAAGCGUAUGCAACCCAAGGUACCACUUUACUGAGACCUGUGGUUUCACUGUGUGCAAGGCAGAUUCCUACAUUCCAGUUUCCAGCUUUUGGAGACAGCUUCCAUACCUGUUGAAGUCGAAAGGGCACCUUCUGGGGAUAUUUUCAUGGGCUGAGGGAGCAGACAAGUUUUUUAAACUGGUCAGAGGCAAGGGGGGUUACAGUCUCCAUGGCAGAGCCAUGGUGUGGCCUCUUUUGGUCUUCUUUGUUCCCACAAUGCAUCUGGGGCUGUGCCAUGGCUUUCGGAAUGAGGGAUUGUGGGAGAAUACGGCGGCCAGGCUGGCUGCCAUGUUGCUUCAGUGCCUGCCGUGAAGGGCAAGGUAGCGCUUUCCCAUUGUAAAAUCCAACCGGGCAGGCAAGUGUAUCUCGGUUCAGCGCCAGCCGCGUCAUAAUCUGCGCCCGAAGACAGCAGCCAAGCGGAGCACGGGCAGCCGCAGGGGGAACAUGGCUCUGUCUGCUUCCUGCCCCUCAGCAACUGUCGCCUGAGGCUGUGGCCUCUCGGGUAGAGCCAGGCCCAUUGAAGCAGCUGGGGAUAUUCCUUCAGAAGAAAAAUAAGAGUUUAAAAACACUUCUCCCUCUUCUGGCCAGCUGCCACACCUCUGAAACUCUUAAAAAUUUCACCUCCUUUCCAGAGAUAAUAGAAAUUUCACCUCCUACAUUUCUCAUGUAAAAUGGUUAGAAUUCCAAGUAGGGAUUAAUUAAUUGUUGUUGUUGUUGUAGCACCCUCCUUGGCCAGAAGGUGGCACCCUAGUCCACCUCUUGGCUCCAGAUCCCACUGGCUCACUUGCAUUACCUUGUCUUUGUCUUCUAUGGAAAAAGUUGCUACCCCCCCCACCCCCUCUCAAGAUUACUAGAUUCUACCCAGCUAAAUUAUACUUCUGAAAUUAAUGAACCUAAGUUAGUCAUGUCUGUUAAGAUAACCCUACUCUGAGCAGGACUAGAAUUGGCUAGAACUCUAAAAAAAAAUAGCAUAGCAAAUAUAACAAAAAAAAUUGUCAGCUUGCAUUAUUAAUAAAAGAAAUCCAGCCAGCCUGACGUGAAUUCUUAUAUUAAUAUAAACUGUUCUGUAGGUUGUAUCAAACUAAGCUCUACACAAAGUAGACCCACUGGAAUUAGUGGACCUAAGUUAGUUGUGUUCAUUAACUUCAGUGAGUCUGUUCAUAGUGGAAUUAACACUGGGUACAACCCUAUAUCUCCAAACAGAGGUGGAUGAUUAUAGUUGUUGCAUUUUUAUCUUUUCCUUUUAUCCAUGGAGCUUUGGCCAGCAUUCAUAAUUCUGUACCCUCUGUACCUUGCUAUGAAAUUGCAACAAACCUUAAAUUUAAGCCAAGGGUUGCUGGCCUCCAGAUGUUGUUGAACUGCAGCUCCCAUCAUCCUUAUCUAAAUUAGCCUGUUUCUGGGGAUGAUGGGAAAUGUAGUCCUAAAACCACUGGAGGGCCACAGGGUUCCCCCAGUGCUGGUUUUAAGGUAAGAGGGAACAAUUUAACCCGAAUUUACUCUGAGGAGAGCGGAUUUGAACUCUGGUCUCCCCAGCCCAAGUUCCAACUUGCUAUCCAUUGGCAGAAAGUAUAUUGGGCCUCUGGGUAAAUGCCCAGCUGAUAGGCAGAAGCGGUGAAGAAGAAGAAGAGGAGUUUGGAUUUGAUAUCCCACUUUAUCACUACCCGAAGGAGUCUCAAAGCGGCUAAUAUUCUCCUUUCCCUUCCUCCCCCACAACAAACACUUUGUGAGGUGAGUGGGGCUGAGAGACUUCAAAGAGGUAUGACUAGCCCAAGGUCACCCAGCAGCUGCAUGUGGAGGAGCGGAGACGCGAACCCGGUUCACCAGAUUACGAGUCCACCGCUCUUAACCACUACACCACACUGGCUCUCGGUGAUGCUUCCUUUGCAAAUAUUCUUAAAGGUUACUGUCCCAACCCAGUUAAUAACCUGCUGGAAGCAAUGAGCUGCCUACACAUCAUACAUUUAAAGCUCCCCGCUAAAAAAGUAAAAUAAAGCUUCUUGGGAACUGUAGUCACAGAGCUAAAAUCACCACCACACUAAACAAAGCACAGUUCCUAGGAUUCUUUGAGGGAAGCCAUCCACUUUGAACAUGUGGUAGGUAGGUACCUAGUCCGGAAUGGUGGGACGUUGGUGGCAACUGGCAUGCUGAAUUCUGCGUGUCCUGUUAUUUUUACUGUCAAACGCUGUAACCUUUGCAGAUCAGGACGGCGAUAAGAAGCUGACCCUUUCCGAGUUCAUCUCCUUGCCUGUCGGCACCGUGGAGAACCAGCAGGCUCAGGACAUCGAUGACGACUGGGUGAAAGACAGGAAGAAGGAGUUCGAGGAAGUCAUUGAUGCCGACCACGACGGCAUCGUCACUAUGGAAGAGCUGGAGGUGAGUGUGUCCUGGGAAUUGGCUGUGGCUGCAUAAGCUCAAAUUGCUAACUUUUUCACGUAUCUUGGUUGAAAUCCCAUGUGAGAGGCACACACACUGUUACAUGUCCCCCGCUUCCCCCGUUGCCCUGAUCCUUUUUUUUAAAAAAAAAGAAAUACAGAUUUUUACUUAAAAAAUAAUUAAAAAGAUAUUGUGCAAUAUAUAUUUCCAGGAACACUAAACAAAAUAUUCAAUAAUAUAUACACAACGUUACGCACUUCUGAGUUUUUAUACCGUGAACUGCCUUGUGAUCCUUAGGAGAAGGGUAGUACAGUGGUACCUCGGGUUAAGUCCUUAAUUCGUUCCGGAGAUCCGUUCUUAACCUGAAACUGUUCUUAACCUGAAGCACCACUUUAGCUAACUGUAUAUAUAAAUAUAUUUCAUUAAAUUUCCACAAAUUUCAAUACAUAAUAAUUUUUUUUCGUCCUUCCAUUCCAUUUCCCGUAGUGUGUUUUUUUUAAAUUCUAUCUCAUUGCUGUACCCUGUGACUUCCCCCUUUUAUAUCAUAACCAUAAUACAAUCAUCUCUCAUUAUUUCUGUUGCUGGUAGUUCAAAUCCGGCUCGCGAAUUCAUCACGUUACGAUAUUUCUCUAAAUGGUCCAAAAAAAGAGGCCUCCAUUCUUCCAUUUAAAAAGAGGCUACCAUUCUUCCAUAAAUGAAGGGCGGUAUAUAAAUUAUAAUACAGGAAACUGAACUGUAUUGUUAUCUCAAAUUAGCAUCCAACAUUUAUUUAUUUUUUAAAGGCGAAGUCAAGAUUAGAAUUAUAAAGCUGCAUCUAACAGUUACCAGGUUCACAGUGUCAAGUGAUGUUCUGACCUUUAAUCAAGCUUAUUGAUUUCUGAAUUCUGAAAAAGCUGCUUCCCACCCCCCCUUGAAACAAGCAGGCGCACCCCCCCUGCUGGUCACGCACCCUGCUCCACAAAGAAUUCAGAUGCCAAAGGGAGAUAAAGCGCUCUACCUAUAACUUCCUAAUGUCUCGCAUUUGAGCUGUAUCGCAGCAGGUGAUCAGCGCCGGCGUGGGCCCCCUUCGCUUCCUGAGACGUUGCUUAGGAACGAGGUUUGCUUGGUGCUCUUUCUGACGUCACUUUAACCCUUUCUCAGUUCCACCUUGGAAAAAGUGAAAUUAGCGCACUGUCUGUCACGGAGGCAGUUAGACCUUUUUCGGCUAUGUUCUGAAACAAAGUUUUGGGUAUCUGAACCCUGGGCGAAUCUGCACAUUUGUGUCCUUCCAUAACAAAGCUCUUUGUGUUUCGGAGAAGGGAGACUCACAGCAGGAAGUUUGGGGACUUUUCUGAAAUAAAUACUUUCUGAUAAUGUGACCCCGAAUCUGAUAAAGUGUUUUCCUGCAGACGAGGCCACUGAGGCUGUGGCUUAGGGUUUCUUGUAUAUCUCGCCGUACAUUUCAUUUUGGGGGUUUAGUAUUCUGAAGAAAAGAAAAUCUUCCGUACGCACAGAUUUUUUUACUUUUAAUCUAGUUUCUCUCCUCUUCUCAAGCUCCGCACCAAAGACAGCCAAGUUCUGCAAGUACACCACAUCAGAAGCAGAAUUAACUCAGUCCAGAUUUUCAGAUUAGUGGUACCUCGGGUUAAGUACUUACAGUGGUGCCUCGCAAGACGAAAUUAAUUCGUUCCGUGAAUUUUUUCGUCUAGCGAAUUUUUCGUCUUGCGAAGCACGAAAUCCCAUAGGAAUGCAUUGAAAAUCAAUUAAUGCGUUCCUAUGGUCAAAAAAAGUCCAAACAAAGCCAAAUUUGGUACAACAAGAGUUUAUUAAGUGCUCUUUAAAGUCACACAUACUGUAAAGAGCAUUUCAAAAUUCAAACCCAGAAAUUUUUUAAAAAACAGCAGAGUGGCCCAAUGGUCACAGAAAAUCAUAAAAAUGCAGAAAAAAACACACAAGCUUCCAGAUUCUUGCAAACCCCUCCCCAACUGUUCCCCCAGCCACCCAGCACACAGAAAUUCAAAUCCAGAAAUUUUUUAAAAAACAGCAGAGUGGCCCAAUGGUCACAGAAAAUCAUAAAAAUGCAGAAAAAAACACACAAGCUUCCAGAUUCUUGCAAACCCCUCCCCAACUGUUCCCCCAGCCACCCAGCACACAGAAAUUCAAAUCCAGAAUUUUUUUAAAAAAACAGCAGAGUGGCCCAAUGGUCACAGAAAAUCAUAAAAAUGCAGAAAAAAACACAAGCUUCCAGAUUCUUGCAAACCCCUCCCCAACACCAAGUCUUUGAAUUCCAAACACCCCAACCCAAAAUCCAAAACCCCCCAAAAAAGUUUUAAAAGCUUAACUUACCAAAUGGCUGCAAAAGAAGUUUUGGAAAAGCUUCAAAAAUCACCAAAGUCUUUAAAAACCUCAAAAAAGGCUACUAUGUACACUGCAUUCUAUGAGUUGCUCCUCGAAGUCAAAUCACAACUGUAUUAAUGGUGUUACGAGAAAGGAAACAAACUUGCAAGACGUUUUCGUCUUGCGAAGCAAGCCCAUAGGGAAAUUCGUCUUGCGAAGCAGCUCAAAAAACGGAAAACCCUUUCGUCUAGCGAGUUUUCCGUCUUGCGAGGCAUUCGUCUUGCGGGGCACCACUGUAAUUUGUUCCGGAGGUCCGUUCUUAACCUGAAACUGUUCUUAACCUGAAGCACCACUUUAGCUAAUGGGGCCUCCCGCUGCCGCCGCGCCGCUGGCACAUGAUUUCUGUUCUCAUUCUGAAGCAAAGUUCUUAACCUGAGGUACUAUUUCUGUGUUAGCAGAGUCUGUAACCUGAAGCAUAUGUAACCCGAGGUACCACUGUAUCAGGUUGUGUCCAGUGUCGGUCCUACUCAGAGUAAAACCAUGAGUUCUAGAAACACCCUUCAGAUCGAGAUGUGGUUACUACUGACCUGUCCUGGUACAGCGAAAAUCAAGGCUUGAUUUUCUUAAAUCAUGGGGGAAACAGCCUUAUACAAAGUCAAAGCACUAGACCAGCCAGAACAAACCUCUGUUUUGGCGGUGACAGCAGCUCUUUCAGAGAGGCCUUUCCUAUCACUCAACAGCUGAUCCUUCUUACCGGACAUGCCAGGGUAUUUCAACCUGGGUCAUUCUGAGGUCCAGCGCUGAGGGUCUCCUGGCGGUUCCCUCACUGUGAGAAGCCAAGUUACAGAGAACCAGGCAGAGAGCCUUCUCGGUAGUGGCACCCGCCCUGUGGAACGCCGUCCCACCAGAUGUCAAAGAGAAGAACAACUACCAGACUUUUAGAAGACAUCUGAAGGCAGCCCUGUUUAGGGAAGCUUUUAAUGUUUGAUGCAUUACUGUAUUUUAAUAUUUUGUUGAAAGCCAUCCAGAGUGGCUGGGGAAAUCCAGCCAGAUAUUAUUAUUAUUAUUAUUAUUGUUGUUGUUGUUGUUGUUGUUGUUGUUAUGUGUGCUAGUCAGGUCCUCUGCCAGUUACAAUAACUUCCACUAAUCCCCUUUGUCCAGAAAACACUGAGUAGCUAUGCAAAGGCACCCAGCUUCCUCCCAUUAUGCCUCUGACCAGUUUUUGCCGAUGCUGCUGCAAAGUGACCCUCCCCUUCUGGCUUGGUUUUGACGCAGCCAUUUUACCAGUCCAUCAUCGGAGGCAGCAGCACUUCUGAACCUCAGUUUCUGGAAACUACAGAGGGGGAGGAGAGUGGUUUUGUACUUGGGGCCUGCUUGAUGGCUUCCCACAGGGUGGCUGCUGUGAGAACAGGAUCCUGGACUAGACGGGCUGUUGGCCGGAUCCAGCAGCCUGCUCUUAUGCCCUUUGCUUUCUCUCUCCCUUCCCCAGGAAUACAUGGACCCCAUGAACGAAUACAACGCCUUGAACGAAGCGAAGCAGAUGAUUGCCGUGGCCGACGAGAACCAGAACCACCACUUGGAGCAAGAGGAGAUCUUGAAAUACAGCGAGUAUUUCACUGGCAGCAAGCUCAUGGACUACGCACGAAAUGUCCACGAGGAAUUCUGAGGAAUUGACCCGAGAGGGGCUCUUUCACACACACUCUCUUUCUCUCUCUGUCUCGAUGCACCUUCUUGCUUUCCCCCAAAAAACAAAGGUUACCUUUUGCUGCUAUAUCUGUGUUCUGUGUGUAUACAGUGCGGUGUUCUAGACUUACUUUUUUGUUUUUGAACGAAAGCCGUCCACAAAUGAAAAAGAGCUACAGCUCGCUUGCCUUCGAGAGGAAAGUGCUCUCUGAUUUCUACAGGGAAGGAUCCGCACCAGUUCUUGCCUGUGCUGUCGAUCGGCAACUUCUUUUUAUUUCCCUCCUUCAGGACACUCGGUUGUACCCUGCAAAUGCCACGCCCAGUUGUUCUGCUCUACUGUUUGGACUUUGAGAAGGCACCUUUAGGAUUUGAGGACCAUUAUCUUUGCCUGGUUGAGGAACUCACGGGCUGCUUUGUUUGGUUUCGCAUUGGUUUGAAGUUUCUGUUUUGGCAAUUGCAGCGGUUUCCCACACCCAGUACUUCCUUUCAAACCAGCGUUGGGUUCACUUUGCAAGCAGCCGGAUGGUGGGCCAGUUCUGGGUUAGAAAGCAGCCUUUCCCCCAGCAAAAUUAGCAAAGUCAGCCUUGCAGUGGAUUGUGUCCUUCCGCUUGCCCAGGCAGGAGCCUACAUGACAAGCUGGUCCAGCACUUUCUCAUCUCCUUCCUUUACUCUCCAUUUUCCUCCUGGCUCAACACACACCAAAACUCAAGCAUCCUAAGCCACAAUGCAGCAGGCUUGGCCCCAGUUUCAAGGAACGACGAUAUCUUGCAUAGAUUUAGUGCCUCGAGCCAGGACUCUCCAGUGGCUGCUUCUGCUGGAGUUAAUAUCACACAAGUCUCACGAACACAAGUCCCACUCGCAUGCCAGCUGAGGCGUUCUUUCCUAGGCAGCAAAUGUCUCAACAGAGGCAUCUCUUCAGGGACCUAGGCACACAGGUGUAACUACAGUCUUCAGGGCUGAGCUGCUCACAUGCCAGCAUCUCACACUGCGCUGCCUGUGGAAGAGGCAACACUCAGCCUUUAUUGUCUGGAGUUUGGCGGCAGCUCCCCCCCCCCCCCCAGCAGAUAGACCUCAAGAAUGUUCUCUUGCUCACGGACAAAAGCACCAUGAAAGUGCAUUUUAACCAUCUGGGCCGAUCACAGCCCAAGUCACUGUGCAGGGAGGCAGAGGACCCCUUCCAAUGGGCAGAAGUCCCAUCUCGAGUUGCAUAGCACGACAGAUCCAGGGGGAGGACAAUCCGGUAGCAAGUUCCCCAAGCGGGCAGGGACCAGGUAAUGCCAGGAACAUGGGCUGCUUUUCUAGAAUGGGGUCUAGGGGUAUGUUUGAACAGCAUCUGCUUCUCGGUUAAAUAGAGGUGGGUGCACCUGUCUCUUAAUAAAAAUGAUUUGUUUGAGAAAAGAAAAUGUGCAAGCGCAGGUUGUCAAGGAGAGAGCUGUGAGUGCUCUUUUAUAUUUCAGCAGUGCCUGGGAGUUAAUACACUGCAAGCAACAAACGUGCCCCUCAUCUUUGUUCGAAUAUGGAAUAAGGUGGAUCAGCCUCUCUGGCAUUAUCCCAAAAUGGGCAGUGGGAUAUGGUUAAGCUCUAAACCGCAGCAUUCAUUAGGUACAUCCUACCUUGUCGUGGGACCUAAAAGGGGUAUCACAUAAUUGUAGAGUUGGAAGGGAUCCUCAGGAUUAUCUAGUCCAACCCCCUGCAAUGCAGGAAGAUGCAGCUGCCCAUACAAGGAUCGAACCUGCAACCUUAGUGUUGUCAGCGCUGCGCUCUAACCAACUGAGCGAUCCAGGGUAGCUUCAGAGGCACCAGUUUGUUCCGUACUCCUGUGCAUGCCCUGUUAACCUGCGCUUGGAGGGUGCACUUGUUUAUAUAGGCUAUGCAAACCCAAGUUGCCUGGACCGUGGUGUCAAAUCGGUGCCCGCUACAGAGAGUUUGCUUUAUGCCGAAUAUAGGUGCAUGCUUGGGAGCCGUUCAGAAUGCAGUGGUGCAGGAAAAGUGGGUGGAAUCCAGCUAGGCUGAGGAAGAGGUCUCAUGAAGAUCUCUUGCUAGCAAAGUGGAGCAGCCCAGUGAACCCAGAACUGCGAGAAGUGAGAGUUGUAACCAAGAGACUUCCUGGUGUGUGUUGGAUCUGACACAAGGGUAAGCUUAAGGAGAGGGCUGGAGGAAAGGCAUCAAAUCAUAAAAAGUCACAGGUAGUGAAUUGGAGGGAGAUUACAAGUGAGUCUCUGGCCGGUCAAAGCUUAGUCGGAUGAUGGAGUUGUUCCUCAGGAAUACAUAAAUUCAAAUAACCCAGUUACUGGUGGAAGACUUUCUACAGGAAGACUGAACGAUUCCCUUCUUCAGGUUCAGAAGUUGUUUCCCUGACGAGGGUUAUGUUCAUAAACAUUUGAAUUUUAAUUUAAAUGGGUUUAUUCUGCUCCUGUCCUUUAUACAGAAACACCAACACAACCCUGUUCUUUUAAGAAUUGCAGCUUAAGGUGUCUGAUGUUACCCUCCUUAAUAGAAUGUAAAUACAUGUAA